GAGAUGCCCAGACAGUUUCCAAAGCUGAACAUCUCUGAGGUUGAUGAGCACGUGCGACUUCUAGCAGAGAAGGUAUUUGCUAAAGUUCUUCGAGAAGAAGACAGCAAAGAUGCCUUGUCACUAUUCACUGUGCCUGAAGACUGCCCUAUUGGGCAGACAGAGGCCAAGGAAAGGGAACUGCAGAAGGAACUGGCAGAACAACAGUCUGUGGAAACAGCAAAAAGGAAGAAAAGUUUCAAGAUGAUUCGAUCCCAGUCUUUGUCAUUACAAAUUCCAUCUCAGGAAUGGAAAGCACCAUCAGCCAAUCCUGUUUUGUCUCCUGCAACGCCAGUUCUUCCAAGUGCUUUUCUGCCAGUCCAACUGCCAUAUGAUGUACCAGAGUUUCAGAGGGUUUCAAUUAGCGGGGACUACUGUGCAGGGGUUACCGUUGAUGAUUAUGAACAAGCUGCCAAGAGUCUGGUGAAAGCUCUUCUCAUUCGAGAAAAGUAUUCACGUCUAGCCUACCAUCGCUUCCCAAGAACAACAUCUCAGUAUUUGUGUAGCAUGCAAGAUGAAAAAUGGAAGGUUGAAGAUGAAGUGUAUCCAGAUUUCCAUUCACCCCCAGAAGAAAAUGAAGAUCCUUACAAUCUUGAUGAUGCUCCAGACAAUUUGGAUUAUGUUGUCAAGAUAAAAGGUGGCAUUCCCUUUGUUUAUGACAACAAAGAAAUGAUGGAACUCAAUGAGCCUCGGAGUCUGCCAUAUCCUGACCUGGAAACCUAUACCCUUGACCUGAGUCACGUUCUUGCUCUAAUUGCAGAUGGUCCAACAAAAACAUAUUGUCAUCGGAGGCUUAACUUUUUAGAAUCUAAAUUUAGUUUACACGAGAUGUUAAAUGAAAUGUCGGAAUUUAAAGAACUAAAGAGUAAUCCCCAUCGAGACUUUUAUAACGUGAGAAAGGUGGAUACUCAUAUCCAUGCUGCUGCUUGCAUGAACCAGAAACACUUAUUGAGGUUUAUUAAGCACACGUAUCAAACAGAGCCCGACAGGAUUGUUACAGAGAAAAAAGGCAAGAAGAUGACUUUAAAGCAAGUCUUUGAAAGCCUUCACAUGGACCCUUAUGACCUCACUGUAGACUCUUUAGAUGUCCAUGCAGGUCGUCAAACAUUUCAUCGAUUUGACAAAUUCAAUUCCAAGUACAAUCCAGUUGGUGCCAGUGAGCUGAGGGACUUGUAUUUGAAAACUGAGAACUACAUUGGUGGUGAAUAUUUUGCUCGUAUGGUCAAGGAAGUAGCCCGUGAACUAGAAGAAAGUAAGUACCAGUAUACAGAACCCCGCUUAUCCAUUUAUGGACGGUCUCCAGAUGAAUGGCUGAACUUGGCAAAAUGGUUCAUUAAGCAUAAAGUUUAUUCCCCUAAUAUGCGCUGGAUAAUUCAGGUUCCCAGAAUCUAUGACAUAUUCAGGUCAAAAAAUAUUCUGCCUAGUUUUGGGAAGAUGUUGGAGAACAUAUUUGUACCUUUGUUUGAAGCAACGAUCAAUCCCAAAGACCACAAAGAAUUGCACCUUUUCCUCAAAUAUGUGACUGGCUUUGACAGUGUUGAUGAUGAAUCCAAACAUAGUGGCCACAUGUUCUCUGACAAGAGCCUUAACCCUGACCUCUGGACCAGUGAGAAGAAUCCCCCGUAUAGCUAUUAUUUGUAUUAUAUGUAUGUGAACAUCAUGUUGCUCAACAACCUUAGGAAGGAAAGAUUUUAAAGAGGCAUGUGUACUUUUCUGUUUCGACCUCACUGUGGAGAAGCUGGGUCUAUCACACACCUUGUAUCAGCCUUUCUGACAGCAGACAACAUUUCUCAUGGAUUGCUCUUGAAGAAGAGUCCUGUCCUCCAGUAUCUUUACUAUCUCGCACAAAUCCCCAUUGCUAUGUCUCCACUUAGUAACAACAGCCUGUUCCUGGAGUACUCAAAAAAUCCACUACGGGAAUUUCUACAUAAGGGACUUCACGUCUCUCUCUCCACAGAUGAUCCUAUGCAGUUUCAUUAUACAAAGGAAGCUCUCAUGGAAGAAUAUGCUAUUGCAGCCCAGGUGUGGAAACUAAGUACCUGUGACUUGUGUGAAAUAGCAAGAAACAGCGUACUACAGAGUGGAUUGUCAGAUAAGGAAAAACAGAAAUUCUUAGGGGUGAAUUACUGUAAAGAAGGGCCUGAGGGAAAUGACAUUCGAAAGACAAAUGUUGCACAGAUCCGGAUGGCCUUCAGGUACGAGACACUGUGCAAUGAACUCAGUUUCCUGUCUGAUGCUAUGAGAACAGAAGAGAUUUCUACUCUGUCAAAGUAG